UCUAGGCCUUUUUUCUUCAUGUAUUUGUCGUUUUUUUUCCUUAAUAUUUUUCUUGAUGAAUCUUUCGUUUCGGUAAUCUAAGAAAGGGAACUGAUUUUUUUGGGUGGAUUUUCUUUUUUCUUUUUUCUUUUUGGGCCUGUUUGGAUCGGUUUAUUGCUUGCCGAUCAGAUCCACUUUUAUUUUUAUUUUUAUUUUUAUUUUUAUUGUUUUUGUUUUGGAUGGAUCCUGACAAAGAUUGGGGUUCCUUGACGGUUGCCAAAGGGCAUCUAAUUAGGGCUAGGGUUAGGGUUUGGGUUGGAACAAUUUGGAGUUGCGGAUUAGGUUGUUCUCAGGUAGCUUGGAGAUGGGGGGAACAUAUCGGCUCGGUUAAUCUAGGGAUCUCAAGGUGUGGGUAUUGGGACGGAUUUUGUAUCAUUUUUGUAGGAGUAAUUAUUAUCUUUGAUAAAAAUUUCAUUUGAUAUUUGUAACUUUUUCCCCCCUUCAGUUUUGACUCUCUUGUAUAUGAAAAAUCAAAAUCUAGGCCAUGACAAACCAUGGAUUAGGGUUUGAAUGGGAUUUAUAUGUUAGAUUUGAACUCAGUUCAAAACUUUCUCUGUUUUCUGCUCAAUCUGAAUGUUCUCUGAAAAACUUGGCACCAGUCCUUUCCAAAGCUUCCUAAUUUAUGUCGAUUGCUUGGUACAUCAAUUUUAUAUUAACAUAACUUGAAUACAGUAGGUAACCAUCAUCCUUGUUCCACAAUUUAAAUGCAGGGCUUAGGGCUUGUUCGUGAAUUGUGGAGCAUUUUACUUAAAACUCUUAGUGGUUGAAUCCAAGCUUGCUUCAGAUUUCUGGGACGUUGGCUUGCUUAUUGAAUGCUUUGGAAGAAUUAUCAUUUGAUAAUUUUUCCUGAAUAUAACUUUUUAUUGCCAGAAGAAACAAACCAUCUAUAUUUGCUGGAUCAGAUAGUUUAUUUAUAUUAGUAAUUCGGAAGGGACAAGCGCAACAGGGAAAUUAAGAUCUCCUUCAGAGGGCUUCUCUAAUGGCAGCUGAAAGGGAGAAAGCACACACACUCCCGUUUUCUUCACUAUGAAGGUGAACUUCUCUGUGCUCACCUUACUCGAUUGAACCAUGAUACUCGCCGUCAGGCUCAAAGUGAAGUGGAAAUGUGAUGGCUUUGACAAAAAUAGGUUCUCACAUCGACUGAUUGACAAAAUGAGCUCUUCUUACCUAGCUAGGUGACUCCUCCAUCUAUAUCAGAGAGUAUUCAUGUUGAUGUAGGAGAAGCUGGAGUCUGAACGCCAACGAUUCGAGGCAGCAUCAUGAGGGUGGAAGAGGCUGAAGCUACUUUGAUGCAGAUUGAUGAAGAUAUUUCGAGAAUGAGGAGCGAUGGGAUGCGUGGAGACUUUGCUACUUUCCUUUGCAAUGCCGUAAGCAGUACUGGACCAAGCUGAAGCAAGUAGAAGGAACCCUCGAAAAGCUAUGAAGGGAAAGACCGCAUGCAUUGGCUGAUAACAACUGAUUGGUGGGAAAGAGAGGACAAGAGAUCCGGCCUAAGAAUGGCUGAAAACUGUCUCCGAAGAUUGGCACUCCAGAUAAGUGAUGGGUUGGAGCGUCUUGGGGGAUCUACGGAAGGUGAAGUUUGAGAAAGGACUAUUUCCCAUCUGUCUGUUCUCAGCAGACAAAUUCCGCAGGAAAUUUUCAAGAGGUCAUUUUUCAGUUCAAUUUGACAACAGGUCUGAGGAUUAUGAAUCAAUUAAGAUGACAGAUAUGAUAAACAGCAAUUCUAAAGCUGCAGAGUUUGCUGCUUUGCAUAAGGAAUGGGAUGAAACAUUGUGUCCUAUUUGCAUGGAUCAUCCCCAUAAUGCUGUCCUCCUUAUCUGCGCUUCUCAUGAUAAUGGCUGCAGAUCUUACAUUUGUGAUACAAGUUAUAGGCAUUCUAAUUGCCUAGAUCGAUUCAAAAAAUUGAAGUUGAACAAUAGAAACAGUUCAUCUCAAUCGAGCUCUUCCUUGCUUCAGAAUUCUGGUGAUGGUAGUCUCCCAACCUUGACAAACAACUCAGUUGAUACCCAUGAAGACCACAAUCAUGAAGCAAACACACUUUUUAGUUCCUUGGGCUUAUCUGGAGAAUUGGAAGAAAAUAGCAGUAACCAAAUAACCAGGAGAUCUUCCGAAGUUCAGGGAGAAGGAAGUAUAUGUGAAUCAAACUUUUUGAAGUGUCCCCUUUGCAGAGGAGAAGUGAAAGGUUGGAUGAUCAUCAGCGAAGCAAGGCAGUAUCUAGAUCAGAAGUCGAGGGCCUGUUCUCGGGAGUCGUGUGCAUUCUCAGGCAAUUACCGGGAGCUCCGCAGGCAUGCGAGACGGGUCCACCCGACAACCCGGCCUGCAGAGGUCGAUCCUUCAAGACAACGUGCCUGGCGCCGCCUCGAGCACCAGCGAGAGUAUGGUGACAUCCUUAGCGCAAUCAGGUCCGCAAUGCCUGGUGCUAUUGUGUUCGGGGACUACAUCAUCGAGAACGGCGAUGGGGGAUUGUCAGUUAAUGACCGUGACAGCAGCCAGUCGGGCGAAGGCAGCAAUGGGCCUUGGUGGACAACAUUCUUUCUAUUCCAUAUGAUCAACAAUAGUCCAAUAAGACCGCUAGAAGAGGCAAGAAGCUCGUCUCGGGCUUGGCGAACUCACAGACGAUCCGGGCGGCACCGCCAUUUAUGGGGCGAGAACCUGUUAGGUCUGCAAGAUGAUGAUGAUGACGACGAUGGUGAUGAAGAUGAUGAGGAUGAAGACAUGCUCAUACCAAGGAGGCGUCGAAGGUUUGUGAGAUCGAGGUCCGACGAGGAGCACUCAUGAUGUACGGAACGGACUUGUAAUUAACAUCCUUUUUGGCUAGCAUGAGUUUGAGGCUGUUGCAUCACUGGAGCGGAACAUGCUGGAGCCUUACUCACAAUUUAGAUCGGAUGGUCCGAUGUUUUCGACCUGUUGCAGGUUCACUGUCACCAGAAAUUCAUCUUGUAGUGUCAUUUGUAUGAAACUUGGCAAUGAAACGUUAGCUUGGGAGUCUGUGGGUUUUUAUGUUAAUUAUAUUUAGGCAUUCCAAAAAGGCACUAAACUGCCAAAUGUGGCACAUGCUAGUUAUGGUCAAAUUUGUUCAGUCGGCCUUCAUGAUGUGUACAGACAGACCUGUUACAAGUGUAGUAUAUUUCUGCUACUUCAGCAGUUACUUCUGUGUU